CAGACCCAUUUCCCCUCAUAAACCAACCCCUACCCCUCGAGAAUUGACCGCAACUGUUCCUCCUCGCUGUCUAUACCCCCGCGCUAUACCCGGCUCCCAAUUGCGUUUGCUUUUGUUGAAUUUGCUGUGAGGGCCGACACCGGAGAGCUUGUAUUACCUCCGCACGCGACGACUUGCGUAUCCCACAGUCUUUGCGUCUUUGCCGGUUGGCUUUUGCCCACGGUGUCUUGUAUCGAUACGCAUAUUGGAGCGGGGCCUGUUGUUGCUGGCUCGGAGGGCACGUCUGCCAUUAUGGAUGAGCAGGUUGAUCGUUUGGUCAAGAAGACCUGGGCCAAAUACUGUUCCACCCCCUCCAACGCCCGCCUCAUGAUAGCCGUAAGCGGCAUCCCAGGCUCCGGCAAAACCGAACUAGCCAGCACAAUGUCCCACCGCAUCAACCAACUCCACGCCUCCGAAAACCCUUCCUCUUCCACCUCAUGCAGAACUCCAAUCGCCACAUCCCUCCCCAUGGACGGCUACCAUCUAACCCGCGCCCAACUCUCCGCCCUCCCUAACCCAACACAAGCCUUCGCCCGCCGCGGCGCAGCAUUCACCUUCGACCCUUACAAAUUCCUCCAUCUCGUCCGCGCCCUCCGCGAACCCCUCACACCCUCCACAAAACCCAUCUACGCGCCCAGCUUUGACCAUGCGGUUAAAGAUCCCGUCGAGGAUGAUAUUGCCAUUGACCCAGGUGUAAGGGUGAUUUUUUUCGAGGGCAAUUAUUUGAGUUUGAAUAAGGAGCCUUGGGAUGAGGUUGCGAGCUUGAUGGAUGAGUUGUGGUUUGUGGAUGUUGAUUUUGAGGUUGCGAGGAAGAGGUUGGUUAGGAGGCAUGUUAAGGCGGGGAUUGCGGGGGAUGAGGUGCAGGCGGAUAUUAGGGCGAGGGAGAAUGAUUUGGUUAAUGGGAGGGAGAUUGUUGAGUUUAGGUUGCCGGUGCAGGAGGUUGUUUCUAGUAUUCAUGAUCCGGCUUGGGAGAGGUUGUAAGGAAGGAUAGUAAGGAAGUCUACCUUGGGUUGGAGGUGGAUGGGUGAUGGAGAGCAUGUGCUAGCGUUAUAGAAUUUGAUAUUAUGUUUUAUCAUUGCAUAUUCCUGCAUUUUGUGCUGGGGGUAUAGAUUUAGAAAGUGAAUUGGAUCUUUUUGUCUUAUCUAUACA